AUGGAUGUAGAACAGCUGCAAGAUGGUGCAGCCCCGGGACCGGAGGAUUGCGGCGCCGUUCUGGGUGUCCUUCGGUCCGUCGGGUUGACCGGCCCCCGGCUUGCCCUCCAGCUCGGCGAGGAAGAAGAGCUGGGGAGGCAGGUCGCCGAGAGGGCUGGUGUUGCCUAUGGGGAUUGGGUCAGGGAGCUCAUGGCCAACCUGAUCAAAGAUGCAUACACCUCUGUGGAGCUUGACGCUCGGUUGGAGGGCUCAGCGACGACACCGGGUACGCAGGCCAUUGGUGACGCUGUGGCCCAUCUGACCAGGGAACAGGAGAAGAAGCCAGAGGUGCGUGAAGAGGGGCCCUUGGUGCAGAUAGUGCUGCCAAAGAAAGGGCGGAUGGCAAGGGCGCGGCAGGGUGUCCUCGGAAAUGUAGUGAGCCCUGAGGACGAGGAAGAGAAGGUCUUGAGGGCCCUAUUUGAAGAACUGCAGCUGGUGAGAGCACCGGUCCUGGACCAGGCAGAUGAGACCAGCAGGCCUGACAGAGUGAGACGUGCGCUGUUAGGAAAGUACAGACCCUCGUCCGCCAAGAGGUAUCUGGCAUACUGGCAGGGGUUCAGAAAGUGGUGCGUUGUGGGCACUGGCCAGGUUCCCCGCCAGCCUUCGCAGCUUGUAGACUACUUGCUUGCGCGAGAGGAGGAGGGUAUGGGGGCCUCAGUGCCCUUGUCAGUCAGCAAGGCAGUCAGCUGGUUUGAAAAGGUCUCUGGCAUGCCUGAAGAGAGCUGGCUGAGCACCGAUCAGCUGGUGGUGACGGUGGUGCGUGACCUUUUGAAGAAACUUGAGGAUGGUGCCCCACCGCGGAAGAGGGCGCCACGGAUGUUGAGCUGCUUUAUCCCGGCCUUGGAACGGCUGGUGGUUGAUGAGAAGAGUAGUGAGCGGCUCCGGCUGGGGGCCUGGCUCAAAUUGCUCAAGAUUUGGGCCUCGCUCAGGACGAAGACGACAGGUGGAGGGAAGAGGGUGAAGGAACUCCCCUUCCAUGUGGCGACAUGCGCAUGGAUUGAACAGAGCGAGUGGCUGGUGGUGGGCAUGGAGGUCCUCAAGCAACUGAAGGGUGGUGCCUUUGAUUUGCUGGUUCCAUCAGGGAUCAAUGAGGGCCUGCUAUCCAAGGAUAGCGUUAUGUCCUACCAGGAGGCAGUGGCAUGGAGCACAGAGGUGUUGGCCGCCCUGGAAGAUGGGAAAGGGGGCCGCAUUAUCCCGGAUGGCUGGGAGCGAUACUGGACAGAGCACAGCGAGCGUGCAACCUUGGCAAGCGGCUUGGCAGCCUUGGGCGUUCCAAAGUCGGAACGUGAUAUGCUGGGUCGCUGGGCGCCCGAAGGCUCGGACCAAUAUGUGAGGUCCUACAAUGCAGUCAUCGCAAGGCUGCAGAACAAGUUCGCACAGCCUGUCAGGGUUGGCGACGGGUACAAUGCCUUCGACGAGGGUGCAGUGCUGGAGGGGCUCAAGGUAUGGCUCACGGAGAAGUGGGGUGUGAAAGAGGACAUCUCACAUGAUGCUGUUGAGGGUUGGAAGGCAAAGAUCAGGCCUUACUCACCUUUCCAAGACCUUGUGGAGGAAGGGACCGCCGAGGAUGAACGUGCCAAGAAGCCGAAGGUGGUGGAGGAAUCCUCCUCAAGCAGCUCAGAUUCCAGCAGCAGUGGUGAAGAGGAGUCCAGCACUGGGAAGAAGAGGCGUGUGACGCGUCUUGGAGCGGAUAGGCCUACGGGUUUUGUGGUGGUCUACAACAGAAUAGACCGGGGAAAGCUGCACAGGUCUGGUGAGGCCGGGUGCUGGAUGGCAAGGGCAAGAAAGUUCCGGAGGGCAACGUUCUACGGAGAGAUGCCUGGCGAGGCCGAAUACACGACCAGGUGCAAGCUGUGCUGGCCUGCAGGCAGAGAUGAUGAAUCUUCCAGUGACUCGGAAGACGAAAUGGAGGACCUUGAGAGUGGAUUGCCACCAAAGGGUGGAAUGCCUGAUAGUAGUGUGUACAGCCUGCCUGAAGGGCUCAAUUGCUGCGCCAGCAUGCCGCCCGUGGUCCUCAGUGCUGAGGAGAGGGAUGCAGCCCUGGCAAAAGGGGGCUCGGACCUCCGGUUUUUGCUGGAGAGGAAUGAUGUCAGCAGGGACAUCAUGGCAAAGUGGUUUCACGUCGGUGUGGUGAAUCUGGAAAGAUUUGCUAACAUUGCCAAGGAUGUGGCGGACUUGACAGAGGUCCUGAAGGAACAUAUGGGCCUGGAUGCCACUCAAUCGCUAGAGGAUAGGGUGGCAGUUGCCUCGGUGACAUGUGCCUGGUCCAAUGCGAGGACAAGGGUGCAGAGGGCAGCGGAGAUGGAGGCCGAGCUGGACACGAAGGAGUGGAAGAAGCCAGUGGUCAGCUCAGAGUGGCUGGCAAUGAAGUCGGGGCUGGAGAAGGCCUUAGGCUACGUGGAUGACAAGGUCUGGCCGGCGAAGGAAUAUGUUGAGAAAAAGCUCCAAGAGGUGGAGGCAGGGGAUUACAGGGCGGAGGAUCUCACGGAGGUGGUGAGCAGGGAUGAGACGGACCCUGAUACGCUCAUCCCGCAGUUUGACUCGAAGGGGAACCUGUCAGUUCGACGGGGCACGACAAGAACGAAGGAACCAGAAAACCCGGAGUCAUUGCGGGUGAAGCUGACAGUCAUGCGCAACGCCUACAUGAUGAUUGCGCUGAAGCAUACAAAUCGCCCGGAGCUUCAGGGUGACUAUAUGAGGGUCUUUGAGGAGUUCAAGGACUACUUGCUGGGCGAGCAUGUCUAUGGCCUGAAUGCGAGAGAUGCAGAGGGCUAUACGGUGGCAGCGCCCCCGUUCAAACUGGUGCUGUCCUAUGAGAAGGCAGUGAGAAAGGAGGCUGCGAGGAAAAUGAACCAGGACGGCACGGCAUAUCCGGCAGCCUUGAAGCUGGCCUGGCGGGACGCAACUGUGAAGGAGCGCCACUUCACAACGCCUCUUGCGUUGUACGCCAAAAGGCCUGCACCGGCACCUUCAGGCUCAACGGAACUUACAACCAAGAAGUUCAAAGGGGAGCAGAAGGGAGGCAAGGCAAAGAGCAAAGGAAAGGGCAAGCAGAUGGCGGGGUGUGCCUCCCACAAUGCUGAAGGCAAACCGAUCUGCUACCGGUUCAACACGCCUGGGGAGAAGUGCAAAGAGAAGAAGUGCAAGUUUGCACACCAGUGUGGAGUCUGCUUCUCGCCGGCGCACCCCAUGUACCAGUGCGGUGGUAGCAAAAGACAGUGCCUGCGUGGUUUCACAUGGAACUCUGCUGCCCGAAAGCGGAAGGCAGGCCUUGGGAAUACUUUGGCGGAUUUUUCUUUUGAGGCGAUGACGCGCCAGUUGAAAAGAAGGCACACUACAGCCUUCAUGGAGCAGCCAGAAGAUUUGGGAGCAACAAAAAGACCGAGGGUGCCUGGGCAUCGUCCAGGGUCAAUGUGGCAGUUCCCGCAGCACUCGGAGCUGAUGGCUAUGGAGGGGGUCAAGUCAGUUGCACUGGCUCAGAUUGACUUUGGGGCAGAGACCCCCAAGCCUACGAGGCUGCUGAUGCGAACUGAGGUUGAGUUGCACGCUGAGAUGUAUGAGGGCGCACCAAAAUUUGAUGAGGAAGGGUUCUACGUUGGGCCAUUGCCUAGAAAAGAGGGCCCCCAACUUACUGGGCGUGCAGAGGGUGGUUUCAAAACAGCUGCUGCAGCGCAGUGGCCUUCAGCCCUAUGUUCCUGGGUGGCCGAGGCAAUUGUGGGCUCGUUCCUAAAGAACAGAGUGUCCCAAAGGAGGGGGCCACAAAUUGAGGAGAAGGGAGCCAAGUUUCAGGCACCUGGAGAGGAACUUGCAGAGGAGCCAGACCCAUUUUACCGGCUUGCAAUGGGAGGUAGUGGGCCUGCAAGAGGAUGUGAGUGGAAGGGGGAGGUUGUCCCCUUUCAUGACGGGGGUUGCCUGAUGUCGCCGGGCAGGUGGGAUAUCCCGAAGCGGAGGUAUCCAGACAGCAAUGACUGGUGCGAGUUCAGAAAGAGGCUGAGAGGCUGCGUGUUGGAGGAGGUAGGGAGUGAGGCAUUGCUUGAGAAGGAAUGCUUUGCCAUGGCAAGAGGUGAAGGAGGAUGUAGGCUGGUUCAGUCAGAAAAGUUACAGGUGAAGUUGGGUGAGGAGAUUAGGAGAUUUUGCGGUGGAGAUGAGAGCCUGUUGGAGAUCGCAGACGGGCAACCGUUCAAGUUGAGGGCAAUGAGAAAGGUUUUGGAAAAGGCGGGGGAUGCGGACUUCGCCUUCUUGGAGGAGGCCGAGACUGGCCUGCCGUUGGGGGUGAAGCAUGCUCUGCCGAGGACACCCUUUGCGUUUGAGAGGCAGGUUGAGUGGUCUCUCAAGGAUGACCCAACGGAGAUUUGCGAACUGGCCAAGGCGAACUAUCCGUCGGCAAGGGAUCAUGAGGAGCACCUCCGCAGUCAUUUGGAGGCAGAGGUCGCAGAAGGGCUUGUCAGAAAGAUGUCGAUGAAGGAAUUUGAGGAGGAAUUUGGAGAAGACAGGGCGAUAGCAGCUUUGGCGGUUCUAGUGGAGGAUGAAUCUACUGGAAAGAGGUGUUUAGACAAGGUGAGGAUGCCGUGUGGGCGUGAGAAGCGCCAUCUUCUGGGUAGAUUCAGGGCGGCGCGUGAUGUGGUGUUCUCGCUCAUCGGAGACUUCGGUAAGGCCCACAGAAGGUUCAAGUACCGGAAGGACGAGCAGGGGUAUUUGGCCUGCAAGGUUAAGGAGGAGGAGGACUUGGUCUAUGUUAAUUGUGUGGGCACCUUCGGAAUCUCCAGUACCCCAUAUUGGUGGGGCCGGAUUUCUGCUGCCCUGGUGAGGUUGGUUCACUACCUUGUUGGCCCAGGAGUGCCGCUGGAGCUUCUUUUAUACGCGGACGAUUUGGAGUCCAUGGGCAUUGGAAAAGAAGGCCGCAAAGGGGCAGUGCUGUCCUUCAUUUCUAUGGGGGCAUUUGGCUCUCCAUUCAAGUGGGGAAAACAAAGAGGGGGUAUGUGUACCGAGUGGGUGGGCCUCACGACAAAUUAUGGGGACUACUCAUUUGGUCUGUCAGAGAAGAGAGCCAUGUGGUUGACUGCCUGGAUUGGGCAGAUAUGCGAGGAGAAGAGGGUGGAGCCUCGGAAUUUUGCGGCCGGUCUUGGCCGUCUUGGGUUUGCCGCAACGGCUCUCCCAUGGGAGAAGCCCUUCCUUGGGCCCUUGUAUGUUUGGGCGGCUGCAGUCAGGGACCAGAGAGGCAAGGUGGUGGUCCCAUGGGCGAUCUUGAUCAUUUUGGAUUGGGUCGCUGAGAGGCUCAAAGGUGGUGGAAGAAUGGAGGUGGUGAGGCUGCGAACGGAGCAGAUGGCCCAACAGCUCCUGAUAUACACAGACGCCCGGGCAUCCGACCAUGACGCCUGCAUAGGAGGAUAUCUGGCCCUGAGUGGAGACCUUGGAGAUUGCCCUUGGUUCAGUAUAGAAGUGGAUGCAAGGCUGGCGCCCUGGUGGAAGGUGAAGGGAGGAAGCCCAAAGAGGGUUAUCGCGGCAUUGGAGCUGUUGGCGACCUUAGUCGCAGUGAAACUUUGGGGUGGAAAGGCCUUAGGUGGCCUGAAGCUCAGGAUGAAGGCAUUCACUGACAACAGAGGCAACUCUUUUGCUAUAGCGAAGGGUAUGUCCACGAAAUACCCGAUUACAAUUCUGCUCAUGGAAUUGUCGGAGGAGCUCAGAGAGAAGGACUUGGACAUGGACUUGGAAUGGGUUAGAAGAGAGGAAAACGUUAUUGCUGAUGAUCUUAGCAAUGGAAGAUGCGAAGCAUUCAGAGAGGAGAACAGAGUACACUUUGUCGUUGAAGAAGGAACGUGGAAAGUUCUCUCGAGAUUGCAGAAGAGAAGUGAGGAGCUUUAUGAAGGCUUGAAGUCCCUGAAGAGUCAGGGCAAGGCAGUGACGAAGGUGGGCAGCCGGGCUCCGGCACGGAAAGUGAGGAUAGUGAAACUUGUAUGUUUUGAUGCAG